AUUGGGUGUCGGUUUAUUUGCUUUCGCUAUUUCUCUCUCAACAGUCAGUCACUCACCUUUCAUCUUCUCUCUCUAGUUUCUCUCUCUACUGUUACUGCUACUAUCAUCAAAUCAAAUCUUCUCUCUCCGGCUGCAUUCAUAGCUUCUUGUUCUUCUUGGCUUGAAAUCAUUACAUAUAUUAUUAGUAGAACCUUGAUCGCGCCGUCCUCUGCUCAACGGAUCAUAUCGUGUUUUGCUCUGAUCUCAUUCGAUAUCUAUCACUGUUCUUCGUCUUGAUCUUUCACUGUCAACAUCCGCAUCCGAUCAUGUUUCACUAGUUCGUGAUCAGAUCUUUAAAAUAGGUAAUCUAAGUGGUGGAUCGGUGUAAUCAAGUGACUUAACACAAGAUAAGUAUGGACGGUACGGCGAUGGAUUGCGGAGAUUUGUCAGACGGAAGCCGUGUGAAGAUAUGUGUGGAUUGCGGUACAUCCAAAACACCGCUAUGGAGAGGCGGACCAGCCGGACCUAAGUCAUUGUGCAAUGCGUGUGGAAUCAGGAGUAGGAAGAAGAGAAGAGCUCUUUUAGGUCUGAAUAAAGGAUCAGUUGGUGAGGAGAAGAAAUCGAAGAAAAGCAAAUAUGGAGAGGAUGAUGAUGAUCCGAUGAAGAGGAGGCUGUUGGCGCUAGGUAGUGGAGUAUCGUGGCAGAGAUCGAGAUCGACGGUGGACAAGCUGCGUCGGAAGCUGGGAGAGGUAGAGCAGGCGGCCGUACUGUUAAUGGCGCUCUCCUGUGGAUCUGUUUAUUUUUGAGCAUUUAGAUAAUGACUACUAGUUUUAGUUAUGGACCUAAUAAUGGUCAUCAUCAUCUCCCCUUCCCCUAGUUUAGUCAUCAAUGAAUGAAUGAGUGAUAGAGAGAGAGUGAGAGUGAAACCCCACAAAAAAAAAGGAAAAAUUAAGAAAAUUGUACUCUCAUCUUCGAGUUAAUUUUGUGCUCAACGGCUUCAAAUUUAUAUUAGCAUUAAUAAUAUUCUGUUUGUUAUUCU